AUGUGUAAUAUAGUCGACAUCAAACUUGAGCUGAAAAAUUUAUUAAACCCCAAUGAAUUACAGUAUUCGUAUGUUAAAAUCAUAUUAAAAAUAGUUUUUUUUACUUUACAAUGUAUUUUUGCCAAAUUUUGCCAAAUAUAAUACAUUACACAAGUAAAUAUACAAAAAUGAUGACUAAACCGUUUCAGACAGCUGAUUGAAUCGUCGGAUCGUGAGCUCCAAAAUCUCCGUGCUAAUGCUGUGGAUUCCGAAAUCAUCAAAGGGCUUGAAGAUCGCUUGAAAAAUGCGAAAACCGACGCUGAAAAUGAGCGACAAAAGCUGGCCGAACUCCGAAGUGCCAAACAAUCGUUGGAAGACCGACUUCAACGCGCGGAGAAUGAGCUGAAAGGGUCGGCAGAUAAAUCAUCACGUCUUGAGGCAAAUUUGGCCAAAAUUUCGAGAGAUCUGGAAGCCGAAAAGGCUGCGAAAAUGGAAUUGGAAAAACUUUUUGCCCAAAAAAAUGAUGAUUUAGAAGAGGCGUUGGAAAGAGUCGCUGAAUUGACCGAUGAAUUGCGGCUCCUAGAAGAGGAUAAUAGCUCAAGUUCCAGCGCGAUUAACCAGAUUGCCAGCACGUUGCAGGUGGCUCCAGAAUCCUCAAAAAUCCUGGAGGAAUUGUCAAAAAGAGCGACUCGGCUGCGAACCUUGGAAUCCCAAGUUUCUGACGGUGAUAAUUCGAGGAGAAAGUUAGUGGAAGAACUGCAAAAUCAAAUUGAAAACUUGGAAAAAGAAAGGAAUGCGAAUUUGCGAGAGCUCAAAGAAGCUACAGCACGAUGCAACGAGCAUGUGGAGAAAGUUGAAAGUUUGGAAAAGGGGAACAAAGAAGAGUUGGUGCUGCUGAAAAAUGAGGUUAACAGGUGAGGAAAGGGCUUUAUUUUUUUGUACGAUCUAUGUACAGUGACGGACAUGAUCCAAUGGAAAAAACUAAAAUUUUGCAUCCAGGAUGUAUCAAAAAUGUGGCAAAAUCCCUCCCUCUCCAACUAAAAAAACUUCGUUUUUGAAAGGUUCUCUCACAAAAAGAGCGGGCGGGCUUUUGAAAUCAGAGUUUUUACACUUGGAGAGGGAGGUAUUUUGCUACAUUUUUGAUGCUUCCCGGAUGCAAAAUGGUGCGUUUUUUGCCACUAGAUCAGGUCCGCCACUGUAAAGGUAAUAGCAUGACUUCAAAAGGAAGAAAAUCAGGAUUUUUUUAAGGUUUAUCAGUCUGUCGGGAAAAUAAUGAGCAUUCUGUCGUAUCGACAAGAAAAAAUGUGUCGGGGCGAAAUCAAACUGCUUUGAACUUCAGCGACGCGAUUGGGGCAGCGACUUUGUGCUCACUAUUUUCCCGACAGACUGAUAUUUAUACAGGGUGGUUCAGCCGAAGCUUCCAACCUUAUUUCAAGUAUUUCUCCGCCAAUAAUGCACCAAUUGCUAUGAAAUUUUUAUCAAAUGGAAGCUGAGGUACCCCAUUUUUUGCCUACCAAAUACGGCGUGCCUGUGUUCAUGGAGGCCUCCUAUGUCAAAAAAAUAUUUCAGAAAAUUGAAGAAAAACAAGGAAUCUCGGAUCAUUAAUUUUUUGCAAAGUGCCACAGAAUUAUCGAGAUAGAAAAAUGACUUUUCUCUUCGAAAAAACAUUUUUCUUGAAAAAAACCUUCUCCGGGAAAGUUUUCUUUCGUGACUCGAUAAUUCAGCGACAUUUCGUCAAAAAUGAAUAGUCCGAGAUUCCUGGUUUUUUUCACUUUUUCUUUGACGUGCCCCCGUACCGACCUUUGACAUUUUCAAAAAAAAAUUUGAGCCCGAAAUCUGUGAAGUUUCGGCUGAAACUCUGUACUUUUUUUUGUUGAACCUUCUCAAAAAGAAACAUUCAAAAUCUCUUCAAAUUUUGUCCACAUACUCUUAGCGCAAAUCCGAAACUUUCAUCUUUAAAAAUUCCCGUUUGAAUUGCAUUAUCAUCACCACAACACUUUCCAUUCUUCAGGUUAAAAUCGCGCGAACUGGACCUGGAACAAGACCUGGACCGGUUCAAGCGCUCCGAGCAAGCGUUAAGUGAGCGUUUGCGCGCCGCCGAACAAGAGCUCUCGCGCUCGAGCACGGUGGAUGGGGCGGCCAUGGAGAAGAUCAGCAUGUUGGAGGCGGAUCUCGAGGAAAUGGGAAAACAAAAUUCGAUUCUGCGAGUAGUAUAUAAGGGCCCUAUGCCCCCUUUUUGCCCCCCUCCUCUGGAGGAGGGCAAAGACAGGCUACUCUAA